UUUUGUGUUGGUAGCUCCACUUAAACGAAAAGACAACAAAUCUUCCUUUGCAGCAUCCUCCAACCCGGCAGUUCAUCAAUGGAAGACGCCACCAUUUCCAGAAUUCUGACAGAUCUCGAAUGCCUCAACCCACAAUCACCCAUCUCCCGAUCAACUCUCUUAGAUCUCAAAUCCCUGUUAACCCAUCAAAUUCAAACCCCAUCCCGCAAUUUCGACAUCGACAACAGUGAUGAAACACCUCAAAUCAACCCUCUUUGGGAUGAAUUAUCGACUCGCAGCCUUUCUCUUUCUUCUCUUAUCAACCCAAUUUCAUCUUCCAUGGAUUCUAGUACCUCUUCUCUCUCCCUCCUCGCUUCUACUGUCUACCUCUCACUCUUUCUCUCUCCUAAUGCCCCAGUUUUCUCUCUCUUUACCCCCAUGUCUUUUUUGUCUCUUCUCCACUCCAUUCGCCGGUCGCUGAAGUAUCGAAAAGAGGGUUCUUCACCUCCCGCCUCUAACGAACCCCGGCGAAAGAAGGGUCGUGGUAAGAGAGCUAGGGUUUCGAAUAACUCGGACGCUGACGAUGAUUGUGGUGGUGUCGGGGAGAGGUUAGAUAAUGAAUUUGACAUUAAGUUGCUAUUGAGUGUACUUGAUAAGUUAGGUCUUGUACUGAGUUUGAUGCAUUUGGGUCGGUUUCCUGAUAGUUUGAAAUCUUUAGUUCAAACUGUGGCUCAAAUUCCUGUAUUAGGGUUUGAUUUGUGUGGCAACAAUUCUGGAAAUUGCAAGAAAUUGUUCGAUACUUGCACCGGUAUCUUGAGCCAGAUUUUGAGGCCUGAGCAUGGAGAACAGGAAAUGACAUCUGCUGAGGUAUUGAAAUCUCUAACGCCCUUAAUCUUGUCGACAAAAUCGCAAGCUAGGACAUUCGCUAUUUUGUUUGUGAAAAAUGAGAUGAUGGGCAUGGCAAUUGAUUCAAAUUCCCUGAGAAAAGCAAUGGUGAAUUUGCCUAGGUAUUUGGCUCAAAAGGCACCUGAGAAAUCUGAUGCUAGAGCUUUAGCUGUGGAAUCUAUAUUGGAUAUUGUUAAAGCUAUGGAAUCCGACGAUCAAGUUGGAUUCGUCGAUUAUGUUAUGAAGAUGGCUCAAGGAAAAUCUCACCUUAGAAAUUUGGCUGUUGAUCUCAUUCCAAAGCUCAUUUUGUCAUUACAAACCCUUUCAGGUUCUGAAUUAGACAGUGAAGUGGAGGAGGAUUCGUGGAAAUUGAGGUGCUUGGUUGCAUUAAUUCAGCGUUGUUCUGAUUCAGUUGCAGGAAUUCGAGCUCGAGCUCUGUCAAGCUUGGCACAACUCGUGGGUACAUCAAGUGAUGAGAGAGACCAAGUUUUGUUUAAGAAGGCAUUAGGUAUUGAUGGUGGACGAGAGGGUAGAGCGAAUGAUUUCCUAAAGAAGAGGUGCACGGAUGAGAAAGCAGCUGUUCGGAAGGCUGCACUUUUGCUAAUAACUAAACUCAUGGCUCUUGUAGGCAGCACCUUGGACCCUGACAUUCUUAAGAUGAUGGGGAUUGCUUGUUCUGAUCCACUUGUCAGUAUAAGGAAAGCGGCAAUUUCAGCACUUUCAGAGGCAUUCAGAACAUUUUCAGAUAGAAGUGUUGUCAUUGAAUGGCUUCAUUCUGUUCCACGCUUGAUUAUUGACAGUGAGAGUAGUAUUCAAGAGGAAUGCGAGAGUUUUUUUGUGGAACUGGUUUUAGAUAGAGUUUCUAGAGCUGGAUCUGCAGCGUCUAGUGAUACGUCUGCAGUUCAUAAUUCGAAAUACAGCGCAAGAAGUUUUGAGAAAGAGCUUGCAGCAAUUUACCCAGAAGGUGUUCUGGAUCUGUUGAGCGAGAUUUGCAACGGAGAAGUUGCACCUUGGGUGAAAAAGAUCUGUUCAAGCCUUGGUAAGAAGGGAAAACUGAGGCCUAAAAUUGCUACAGCCCUUCAGAAAAUCAUAAAAACAUCAGAAUCUCUUUGGUUAUCACAUUCCAUGCCAAUAGACAACUGGACAGCCCCUCCCGGUGCUUGGCUUCUUCUGUCAGAAGUUUCUUCAUUUCUUCGCAAAGCAGUGGAGUGGGAAUUUCUCUAUCAUCACUGGAAGCUAUUGGAUAAGGAUGUUACCACAGAUGAAUUAAACUCACGUACCAUAGAGGACAUUAUGCCUGAAUCAGUUGACGGCAUGGAAACUAACACUGCAGUUUGGGCUGGCGAUCGUGUUUUACUGUUGCAAACAAUCUCUAAUGUUUCUGUAGAGUUGUCCCCUGAACCUGCUGCGCAUUUGGCUCAUGAUCUGCUAAAACGGAUAGAAGGGUUCAGCAUGCAUUCAACUGAGGUUAAUGCUCAUGUUAAAGCACUUAAAACAUUAUGUAAACGAAAGGCUAUGAAUCCUCAGGAAGCAGAUGCAUUGGUUACAAAAUCUGCUGAUCAAAUUUUUUGUAAAGCUUCUCGUGUAGUAGAUAUGUAUCUAUCAGAAGAACAAAAGACAAGUAAAGAGAACAACCUUUUCACACCACCUAAGAGCACGAGAAAGGGUAAAAGAGAAGCUACCCCAUCGAAGUUGCUAUUACAAGCUACAACAGCAGUUUACACCAUAGGUUCCUUGGUGAUCAUUUGUCCAUCCUUGGAUAUAAAGGCCAUUGUUCCGGUUUUGCACAGUAUGAUAACUUCAGGAACUCAUGAACCAAGGUCAAAUCAGUUACCUGGCUCUACCAUUUCUGUAAAGGAAAAAGCUCCAUGUUUGUAUAUUCAGGCAUGGCUUACCAUGGGGAAAAUCUGCCUUGCUGACGGGAAGCUUGCAAAAAGAUAUAUCCCAUUGUUCGUACAGGAGCUUGAAAAGAGUGAUUGCACUGCACUUAGGAAUAAUAUUGUUGUCAUUAUGGCAGAUUUUUGUGUUCGUUACACUGCUUUGGUGGACUGCUAUAUUGCAAAAAUCACAAAGUGUCUUCGUGACACUUGUGAACUUGUCAGGAGGCAAACGUUUAUACUACUCUCUAGAUUAUUGCAGACGGACUAUGUCAAGUGGAGAGGGGUACUUUUCCUACGGUUUCUGUUGUCUCUUGAUGAUGAAUCAGAAACAAUUAGACAGCUUGCUGAUUUUCUGUUUGGAAAUAUACUCAAAGCCAAGGCUCCUCUUCUAGCUUACAAUAGUUUUGUGGAAGCGGUGUUUGUUCUAAAUGACUGUCAAGCUUAUGUGACAAAUAACAAAUCUCAAAAUUCAAGAGUUGAGAGACGACUUUUCUCAAUUAGAGGUAAUGAUGAGAAGUCAAGGUCUAGAAGGAUGCACAUAUAUGUUUCUUUGUUGAAGCAAAUGGCUCCUGAGCAUCUAUUAGCUACCUUUGCAAAAAUAUGUGCUGAAAUCCUUGCUGCUGCAUCUGAUGGUAUCCUCAGCUUUGAUGACGUUAGUUGCCAGUCUGUCUUGCAGGAUGCGUUCCGUAUUCUAACCUGCAAAGAGAUAAGGCUUCCAUCAAACCGUGCAGCAGCACCAGAUGCUUCUACUGAAAUGGAAGAAGAAGGGGGAGAUGGCGGUGCAGCUGCCAGAGGAAAAGCAAUAACUCAAGCAGUGAAGAAGGGUCUUAUCCAAAACACCAUUCCUAUAUUUAUAGAACUAAAGAGAUUAUUAGAGAACAAGAACAGCCCUCUCAUUGGCUCUCUUAUGGAAUGCUUAUGUGUGCUUCUCAAGGACUACAAGAAUGAAAUUGAAGACAUAUUGGUUGCAGAUAAUCAGCUAAGGAAAGAGCUUAUAUAUGACAUGCAAAAAUAUGAAACUGUCAAGGCUAAAUCAACGGCUACAGAGGCCAUUGCAACUAUGCAUAGGUCACAAGGGUAUCAUACACCUGGUGCAACAAAUCAGAAAAGUAAGCUGUCAAAGAAACAACAUAGUGAUUCAAAGGUGGCUUCAGCAAUGGCGGAUGUGGCAGCAGCAACUAUUGCCAAAUCUAUACUAAAGGAAGUAAAUAAAGGAGCUGCAACACCACCCUUGAGUUUGCUUAAUAUGCCUCAAUUAAGAACCUCAGAAAGACCCCCUCAUUCUAGGGGACAUAAAUCUGCACAUGUUAUAGAAUCUCUCAGGAGGCGGCAAACUUUUGAUUUUGAUGAAGAUAACUAACUCAUCUUCUUGUUUCUUGUACAUAUUAGCCUACUUGUAAAAUAGAAAAAUGAAAUGCAACAUAUCAUACUUCUGUAGGACCUUCAUCCUGUCUAAUGUUUUUUCCCAUCAGCUAGAGAACCGAUACCAGUUGAAGUACUUCAUUGUAAUGGUGCUUGCUUGGUUUUGUUAUCUAGUACUCAGGACUCAGGAGUACGAGAUUUUAACAUUAUCAAGGAUGUUUCAGAACUGCAAAAUAUAUUUGUUACAUGAACUGUUGAAAGCAAUUCUCUCACCUUUCCUGACACAGAGAAUGCUUCAAUUCGAUAGCGAUUUGUUCUGUAUACAGGAUCGAUGUUUCUUAGGGGUCAUUUCUAA